AUUUGUAAAACGAACCUAAUGUGUGAGAACGGCGGUUACGAAGAUCCUCGAAACUGCAUGCACUGUAAGUGUCCUCCAGGCCUCGGAGGAAUGCGUUGUGAACGGAUCGCUGAGUCUACACCUGGUUGCGGUGGUAUUCAGGCGCCAUCUGGACGUAUCCAUGUUGAAGUUAUUGAGAGCAACUUCGUUUGUGAUUCUUCUUGCGCAGACGAGUACUUGGAAAUAAAGCAUACUAAAAACAGUGCUGUAACCCAACACCGGGAAGAAUUCUGUCAGAAGGGAAUCAGACGGCUUUAUCAAUUCACUAUAUCAAAUAGCUCAGAUUCGAAAUCCAUACCUACACCUCCACCAGCUCCUUGGGAGGGUAAUGGUGGCUUAACAGGCUUACUCGCUGCUAAUGAAGCCGGGAUUGAUAAUACUUUCGAGACGCUGAUACUCAAAGAUUUUCCAAGAGCAAUAGGGUAG